ACGGUAUUCGGACGUGCUACCUCCUUACUGAAGGGGUGUGCGAAAAUGGCCGGCUAUCACGGUUACACGCGAGGACUUUGUAUGUUUGUCGCCUUCUCAACGGUGAUAGUUGUUCUUACUGUGGGGUCAGACGCAGUUGUUGUAUCCACCAACUACGGAGACGUGAAGGGUUCAGAGUUCCUGACUUCCUCUGUUGUCGGAAACGCCGUCUUUGACCGCAUCUUCACCUUCAAGGGGAUUCCUUACGCCGCUCCGCCUGUUGGGGAACUCAGAUGGCGCCCUCCACAGGACCCUAGCGGUUGGUCAGGUGUCCGGGAUGCCACCGAGUUUGGAAACAGGUGCCUCCAGAUGAUGGACUUAGACGCGGAGCAGUUCGCCGCGUUCUUAAGUGACCCAAUCCAGAAGGAACUUUUCCUGUGGCGCAGUGCUUCCAGCAGUGAGGACUGCUUGUUUCUGAACGUGUACACUCCCAAAGUUUCCUCCGAAUCUAACCUGCCUGUGAUGGUGUGGAUCCAUGGUGGUGGUCUGUCUUUUGGCAGUGGAAGCACUUACCCGGCAGAGAUCCCGACAGCUUUACAUAACGUCGUCAUGGUAACCAUCAACUACCGGCUUGGCAACAUGGGCUUCCUGCCGACACUGGACGAGGACGCACCGGGUAACUUCGGUAUUCUCGACAUGAUGAAAGCUCUACAGUGGGUACAAGCGAACAUCCGGAACUUCGGAGGUGAUCCCAACAGAGUCACCAUCUUCGGGGAGUCCGGAGGAGGCUGGGCCGUCUCCCUGCUCGUCUUGUCUCCCAUGGCAACGGGCCUGUUCCACCGGGCCAUCUCUCAGAGCGGCGUGGCCGGAGUGAUGAUCACACAGAAGGGGGACGUCAGAAGGACGGAGAACCUCGCUCACAUAGUUGACUGCACGACCGCUUCUUAUGACGAGAUGAUGAGCUGUCUUCGAGGAAAACCAGGACAAGACGUCGCUGCAGCAAUGAACGAGGACUUCGCUCUCAUGUGGAAUAUAUCAGCAGUGGUUGGCGGCGAGUUCCUCCCGCAGAGUCCCUGGGAUCUGAUGACCAAAAGGCAGGUGAACAGGGUUGACUACCUGCUGGGAACUAACAACUAUGAGUUUGGGGAUACGAUGUUGGAAGCGCUCGAGAAGACAGUCGUCGAUGAAGACGGAAUGACCAGGGCCGAAAUAGACGAGAAUCUUCCGUCUGACCUACACUGGUUUACUGACCAGUUCUUGAAUGCUGAUGUCAACACGAUUGUCCAGCCUGUGAUUGACCAGUACCUGGACCCGGACAGGCCGGACGACCCGAUCGCCACACGUGACCAGUACAUUCAGCUCCUGAUUGAUAUGUGGUUCACCGCACCAACCGUUCUGAUGGCUCAGGCAGCAGCAGCUCAAUCUGUCGGAGUCUACCAGUACGAGUUCCAGCACCGCACGUCGUACUUCUCUUCCCGGCCGCCCCGCAUCCAAGCCGACCACGCCGACGACCUGUACUACCUGUUCGGGAUGCCACUACUGCUGGACGACACGGGCGACUCGUGGAAGUACAACUUUACAGACGAGGAGCGAGAGCUGAGUCUGGACAUGAUGGCGUACUGGGUCAACUUCGCAGCAAACGGGAAUCCCAAUGACUCGACUGGAGCAGCACGGACACGUGACACCGUGAACUGGCCACGUCACUCCACGUCAUCACAGGAGUACCUCAAGUUAGACGUGACGUCAUCUGCUGACGUCAAGAUUCGAGAGACCCGGAUGAAGUUUUGGAACGAGGAGAUUCCGAGAUUGUUGGGAAAGAAAGUUCGAAUCACUGGUUCAGACGAGCUCUGAAUUUUCUGCUUUGUACAUGUACUUUA